AUGAAGAGGUAGGAAGCAGCUAGAGGUACAACCCUACAAUACAACCUCUAUGAUGAAGACCCUUUAAUGGAACAUUACAAAAUCCUAAUGACCUUCGGAGAAGUAAAAUUGGCUAGCCAUCUACUCACCCAGACAAGGGUAGCAGUAAAAGUUCUUCCAAAAAGCACAAAGAACAUCUUCAUCAAAUCAGAAAUUGAAAUAAUGAAAUCUCUAGACCAUCCCAAUAUUAUUAAACUUUUGCACAUAAUCGACACCACAAAUAACACUUACAUGAUUAUAGAACAUGUCAUAGGAGGAGAGCUAAUGGUCAGGAUUGUGGAGUUUGGCUACCUACAGGAAGAGGAGUCCCAUAAGCUAUUUAAACAGAUGGUAUGUGCCCUCCAGUAUUGUCACGGGAAAGGGGUUGCUCAUAGGGAUUUAAAGCCCAAAAAUAUUUUAGUGGAAGGCAAAGGAAAUAUAAAACUCAGUGAUCUGGGGUUGGGCAUCAAGCUUACCAUGGGGCAGAAGCCAGCAUAUUUCUGCGGGAUCCUUCCUUAUUGCACCGCAGAACUCUUUGAAGGUAGAGGCUAUGAUGGCUGUGCAAUCGACAUCUGGAGCUUGGGGGUUGUGCUCUACUUUAUGUCCACAGGGUGCCUCCCUUUCCAGGGAAAAACCUUUGGAGUACUAAAGGAGAAGAUCUUGGCAGGAAUGUACUCUAUUAAAUUCAAGCUGUCGCCAGAGCUUUGGGACGUGAUUGCUAAAUUGUUAACUGUAAACCCUGGACAAAGACCAAGAAUAGGUGACAGUUGUGGGUUUCAACGGCUAAAGCAUGGCAGUGAAGGUUCUCCCAAUCCCUUUAGAGAGAAUGAUGAGGACAGCUACCCAGACCCCACUGUGAUGGUCAUCAUGGGCGUCAUGGGAUAUAAGCAACGACAGAUCAGGGAAGCUUUAAGGGAGAAGAAAUUUGAUCAGGUGAUAGCCACCUACUUGAUUCUUAGGCAGCAUUCACCCUGGGGGGACAACUUUAUAAAAAAUCUUCAGCCCAAGCAGUCGGCUCGAACUUUGAACCUUACAGGGUCCACGAUACCAAAAGUGACUAUAAAGAGGGGAUCUAGUGUCCCCACCCUUCCCACCUCCAUUUUGCCCACUCUACCUGAGAACGACAAAAAGGGAGAGUGUGGUACUGUGUGCCUCCCACCCUGA